UUCGCCCACCCUCGGACGAUCCGGCACAGUCUAGCGCAGGUCGGCGUACGGCAAACAUCUUGUUCGGACUAAUUCGGUGCACAGUUUUCCACGAGUUUUUCGGCACGACUGUCUCUGUGUGUGCUUGUGUUAGUUUGCGCGUGUGUUGUCGGUAGUGCUUUGUUCGAGCAAAGUGUGAUUUGUUUGCGUAGUCCGGUGUGUUUUCCGGGGCCUAGCAUCUUUAGUUGUUUACCUGCGAGCAAUCAACCGUAUCAAUCAAAUCUUCAAAAAAUGGCGCCCCGCAACAAGGAACAGGAAGCCGAGGUGCUGCAGUGGAUCAGCGACGUGCUCGGUGAGAAGCUGCCGCCCGGCCCGUACGAGGACGUCCUCAAGGACGGUGUCGUGCUGUGCAAGCUGAUCAACAAGAUGGCCCCCGGCUCGGUGAAGAAGAUCCAGGAGCGUGGCACCAACUUCCAGCUGAUGGAGAACAUCCAGCGCUUCCAGGCGGCGAUCAAGAAGUACGGCGUGCCGGAGGAGGAAAUCUUCCAGACGGCGGAUCUGUUCGAGAGGCGCAACAUCCCGCAGGUGACGCUCUGCCUGUACUCGCUGGGACGAAUCACCCAGAAGCACCCAGAAUACAACGGACCUACCCUUGGGCCGAAGAUGGCGGACAAGAACGAGCGCAACUUCAGCGAGGAGCAGCUGCGUGCCCAUCACGGCGAGCUGAACCUGCAGAUGGGCUUCAACAAGGGUGCCUCCCAGGCCGGCCAGGGCUCGUUCGGCAACACCCGCCACAUGUAAAGGCUGCCGCCCAGCUUCCAGGGCACGGUCCUUUAUUGCCUAUCUAUUAGCUGUAUUCCCGCGGGAAGUGUGUUUGGUGUUUUCUUUAUGUACAAAAACAACUCGAACCAAAACAACAACAACAGCACCCUCAUCGUACUCUUCUAUUUCCAUCACUCAUCGCUUCAAAGAGAGUCAAUUUUUUUUUUAAAUAUCGUUUUGCUCAUCGGGCAAUCUCCGACCCAACCACAUCUUCGGAGGAUCCGUCAUCGUUUGUGCAUCAUUGGCUAUUUUUAGGAGUUUACAGAAAACCGACAACCCUCACCAUCGCCCAUGCAUACGUACGCCCUCGCCCUUCGCCCGCCGGCGUGUUGUUCCCGAUUGCGGUGCGACCCCAGCCUACGACACCUACGCGGCCUACGCGAGAGCACCACAGAAACCUUCAUCGCUAAGGACGCGGCCGCGGCGAGGAUGUCUAUCGCGGUCUUGGAGGGCGAAUCCAUUAUUUAUUCUUUACGAAAAACAAACGAUCCCGCGGUCAUAUUUCAUCGCGCCACUCACGUCCAACACUUCACUCACUCCCGACGAAGCGGGCAAUGCGAGAAUGCAUCGGUAGCCAGCUGAACGUGACUGAUCGGCUGACGGUGACAGUACGUUGAAGAUUCGUGGGAGAUAUUCGGUGAAGGGUUUGGGCGCGCGUGUGUUGUAAAUGUGUUUUAUCUUGUGCGCUUUCUUUUUUACGGUAAAGCAUCUCGUACGUUCCCUUGCUUGCUGGUAGCUCUAUUCUGCAUUCGUAUUAUAAAUGGACGUACGGACUAUAAACAAAUAAAUUAUACUCUGUGACAACUAA